AUGGCAGAGGUAGAAGCUGAUGAUUUAUUGCUUAAGAACAUGGAAUCUGUGGCUGCCUCAAGCUCGUCGGUUUCGGAGAACAGCAGCAGCAUUGCGGUGAAAUCUCCCCGGAUAAGCAGUCCAUCAAGUACUUCUCCAGCUCAUAGAAGAACUACAGGCCCAAUUAGAAGAGCAAAAGGAGGUUGGACACCAGAGGAGGAUGAUACAUUAAAAAAUGCAGUUGCAGCUUUCAAAGGGAAAAGUUGGAAGAAAAUAGCUGAGUUCUUUCCGGAUAGAUCGGAAGUGCAGUGCUUGCAUCGAUGGCAAAAGGUUCUGAAUCCAGAACUUGUCAAAGGUCCCUGGACUCAAGAGGAGGACGAGAAAAUCAGAGAACUGGUUGCAAAAUACGGGCCUACAAAAUGGUCUGUCAUAGCAAGGUCAUUGCCAGGUCGCAUUGGGAAACAGUGCCGUGAGAGGUGGCACAAUCAUUUAAAUCCCCAUAUUAAGAAGGAUGCUUGGACGUUGGAGGAAGAGCUUACUCUGCUUAAUGCGCACCGGGUUAAUGGAAAUAAAUGGGCUGAAUUGGCUAAGCUGUUACCUGGAAGGACGGAUAAUGCAAUCAAGAAUCACUGGAACAGCUCUCUGAAAAAGAAGCUAGAUUUCUAUCUUGCCACCGGAAAUCUUCCUCCAGUUGCUAAGAAUGCCUCCAUAGAAGGUGCCAAAGAAAUCGAUAGGACCGUCUCAGAUGGCGAACUGCGUCUUAAUCCAACUAAAUCAGAUUCAGCCAUCUUGGCCUCAACAGAAACUACUGAUUCAUAUAAAACUCAGGACGGUAAGCAUAAUAAUAACCAUCCAGAGGCCAUGACCAAAGAUCACGAUAUUACCAAUCUCGAUACCGAACAGCGAGGACCAAUACCAUUAGAAGCUGAAACAAUCCAUUCAAAUGUGGAAUCUGAGUUUGAGAAGUGCAAAUUAAAUCGAAAUGUUGAUGGACAUCAUAUUAUUGGAGCAAAUACUCCAGUACGUGGCACACUGUACUAUGAGCCACCAAAUAUAGAUGAUUGCAGUCAGCUUGAUUCACAUCUGGCGAAUAUAUCAUUGAUACGUUCGGAAUUGGAUUUUAGCCUUACUAGGUCACCCAUGCUUCUUUUCACUCCACCGAGCUCAAACUGUAGAAGGCCCUGCACACAAACUCCGGAAUCUAUAUUGAAAAUUGCGGCAAAGAGCUUUCCAAAUACACCAUCCAUAUUAAGGAAAAGAAAGUCCCAACUGGAUCCAAAGGAAAGCGCCGUAUCUAAUGGUGAGCAUAGUAGUGACAUUAUUAAUAGUUGUAAGAGAAGUGGGGAAAAAGAUGGUACUACGGAGCUUUCUUGGGACGAUGAUGACAGGUUAAGCAGCCACAAGUCGUUUAAUUCAUCCCCUCCGUAUAGAUUGAGUUUCAAGAGGACUUCGGGACUUAAAUCAGUCGAGAAGCAGCUCGAUUUUGCUAUUACCAUAGAGCAAGAGUGUAAGGACCAGAAUGCAAAAUCUGGAGAGGUAGGGGAAGAGGAGGUUAAGGAGAUCCCUCCUGCAACAAAGUUUGUCUACACGCGUCAAAGACGAGGGUGA